AGAAGCUAUUGGUUCCAUAUCGCUUUCCCUUUGCUCAGGCACUCGGGGGAGGAGGUGUUUGCAUUUCUCCGCAGGACCAGCUCGCUUUGCAGAGCAUUGUCUGGGUAUGAGAAUCACACACAGGCACAGGGGCAGGGGCGAGCGCACCGGAGCAUCUCACCCCGGCACAGCAUCUCAGCCAGCCUGAGCACCCCUCUCGUCCCGGCACCGACAGCCCCCUUAAAAAAAAAAAAAAAAAAAAGAAAACAAAAAACAGGGAAAAAAAAGUUUUAAAAUAUCCCGCCUCCCUUCUUGCUUUUAUUUUGUUGUUAUUGUUUGGGUUUUGUUUUUUUGUUUGUUAGGGGGAUUUUUUUUUUUUUCUUGAUUUAGCGAUGGCAAAUUCCUUCACGGCCAGGAGCUGGCCCAUCCCCUGAGCAAAGGCAGCUUGGACAUGACCGGCAGGCGAGGGAGGAGGAAUUUGGAUUCCCUUGGGAGGCGCCGACCCCUCCUGCGGCCGGGGGGAGCCAGCGCGGGCAGCGGGGCCGGACCGCUCCCCGCGGCCACUGUCCCCCCGCGGGGAUGCGGCAUCGCCAGCGCCGGGACGGAGCCCUGCUGCAAUGAGAUCUGAGCCUUGACGUGAAGACCUCAACCAAAAUAUCAGCAGAGAGCCUGUGCUUCAUCCCUAAUCUCAGUGUUAACAAGCAAAACUUGUCCAGAAUUAGGAGAGAAGAUGGCCAUCAACUGGAAUUUCUGCUUCUUCAGCCUCGUAUUGCUUCCUGUGGUUGCAGCGACCCAUUCCAACUGCAUCAUUAAAAAGGAGCAAGAGACUUGUCUGGAGAAGAUCCGGAGGGCGACGGCCCUGAACCCUCUCAAUGACUCUUCUCCGGGUUGCCCAGGAAUGUGGGACAAUAUCACAUGUUGGAAACCUGCAAGUGUGGGAGAAAUUGUCUUUGUCAAGUGUCCUGCACUCUUCAGAUUUAUCAUCUCUGAGGAUGGUUGGGAAGUGGAUAAUCUGGGGCAAACCCAUGCAGGUGAUUAUGACCUGCUGGAAAGCACAGCCCAGUCUCUCCUAGGGGACAUCAGCAGGAAUUGCACUGAAGAUGGCUGGUCCGAACCUUUCCCUCAUUAUUACGAUGCCUGCGGCUUCGAUGAGAACGAGACAGAGUCUGAUAACCAGGAUUACUACUAUCUCUCGGUGAAGGCUCUGUACACGGUGGGAUACAGCACUUCCCUGGUUUCCCUCACCACUGCCAUGGUCAUCCUGUGUCGCUUCAGGAAGCUUCACUGCACUCGGAAUUUCAUCCACAUGAACCUUUUUGUUUCAUUCAUCCUCCGUGCAAUAUCUGUGUUCAUUAAGGACGGGGUUCUUUAUGCUGAGCAGGAUGGAAACCACUGUUUUAUCUCCACGGUGGAAUGCAAAGCAGUGAUGGUGUUUUUUCACUACUGUGUCAUGUCCAACUACUUCUGGCUGUUCAUCGAGGGGUUGUACCUCUUCACUUUGUUGGUGGAAACCUUCUUCCCCGAGAGGAGAUAUUUCUACUGGUACACAAUCAUUGGCUGGGGUACCCCGACAAUUUGUGUCACUGUCUGGGCAGUGCUGAGGCUCCACUUCGAUGACACUGGCUGCUGGGACAUGAAUGACAACACUGCCUUGUGGUGGGUGAUCAAGGGUCCCGUGGUUGGGUCAAUCAUGAUAAACUUUGUGCUUUUUAUUGGCAUAAUUGUGAUACUUGUGCAGAAACUCCAGUCACCUGACAUCGGGGGCAAUGAAUCCAGCAUUUACUUCACCCUCCCUCUUCCUCCCAGAUGCAGCUGCAGUCCCUGCCCAGGACACUUGCGCAGCUGCGUUCAGAAAUGCUACUGUAAGCCUAAGAGGGCUAACCAGCACUCUUGCAAGAUGUCAGAACUAUCAACCAUUACCCUGAGACUGGCUCGCUCCACCCUGCUGCUGAUCCCUUUGUUUGGAAUUCACUACACGGUGUUUGCCUUUUCUCCUGAGAAUGUCAGUAAGAGGGAGAGGCUGGUGUUUGAGUUGGGACUGGGAUCCUUCCAGGGUUUCGUUGUCGCUGUUCUCUACUGCUUCUUGAAUGGGGAGUUUCUCCCUAAAGGUGCAAUCAGAAAUAAAGAGAAAAUGGAGGAGCUGGAAAGUCAACCGGUAUUUUGCUGUGGAUUUCAAACAUCGUCAUCCUUCUCUAGCGAGCAGCGGAGUGAACGGGGGGACACAACUCUCCAUUCUGAGCAAGAGCAGCUCUCAGAUUCGGAUGUCCAGCAUAAAUGCAGAGAACCUGGCGACAUGAGCAGCUGAGGAGAGCAAAGCAACCAACGAGCAAACCAAAAACCAUCCCUUGAAAAA